ACCUGUUGAUCUACAGUUUUAGAUCACGUCUGACCUGAAGCUCAUUCGACUGAAGAACACGGAAUAAUUUGAUCAGGAUUAGGACAGUAAUAUUUGGGAUGCACAUUAUUGAAAUGCUCUGCUGUGAAUGUGAAACUCUUUGAUUUAAAAACAGAAUACUGAGUGUUAAAACGGGAUUAGAAAACUGAAAGUGAAACUUUGAAGAAGGAUUUUGACGUGUGGCUCAGAAAAUGGCGUCUACAUCUUUUUCUGAGGAGGAUUUAUCUUGUCCUGUGUGCUGUGAUGUUUUUAAAAAUCCUGUUGUCCUGUCCUGUAGUCACAGUGUGUGUGAAGAGUGUAUUCAGAAGUUUUGGGAAAGUAAAGGAUCGAAAGAAUGUCCAGUUUGCAGAAGAAGAUCAUCAAAGGAUCAUCCUCCAUUUAAUCUGUCUUUGAAGAACCUGUGUGAGACUUUCUUACAGGAGAGAAGUCAAAGAUCUUCAUCAGGAUGUGAAGCAGUCUGCAGUCUUCAUGAAGAGAAACUCAAACUCUUCUGUCUCGAUGAUCAACAGCCGGUGUGUUUGGUGUGUCGAGAUUCCAGAACACACAAAAAACACAAUUUCUGUCCUGUAGAUGAAGCUGUCAUCGAUAAUAAGGAGAAACUCAAAACUGCACUAAAACCCUUACAGGAGAAACUGAGAAUAUUUGAGGAGUUUAAACAGAAUUUGGAUCAAACUGCAGAACAUAUUAAGUUUCAGGCUCGACACACAGAGAGGAAGAUUAAUGAGGAGUUUGAGAAACUUCACCAGUUUCUAGAUGAUGAAGAGGCCACCAGAAUAACAGCACUGAGAGAGGAAGAGGAGCAGAAGAGUCAGAUGAUGAAGGAGAAGAUUGAGAAGAUGAGCAGACAGAUUUCAUCUCUUUCACACACAAUCAGAGUCAUAGAGGAGCAGAUGACAGCUGAAGAUCUUUCAUUCCUACAGAACUUGAAGAGCACAAUGGAAAGAACCCAGUGUACACCAGCAGAUCCAGAGAACAUUUCAGGAGUUCUGAUCAAUGUCCCAAAACAUCUGAGCAACCUGAAGUUCACUGUGAUACAGAAGAUGCAGGAAAAUGUUCAAUACACUCCAGUGACUUUGGACCCCAACACUGCUCACUGUAAUCUCAUCGUGUCUGAUGAUCUGAUCAGUGUGAGAUUCAGUGAAGAGAAACAGCUGCUUCCUGAUAAUACUGAGAGAUUUGAUGUGUCUCAGUGUGUUUUGGGUUCAGAGGGUUUUAAUUCAGGGAUUCACUGUUGGGAUGUUCAGGUUGGAGACUGUACACACUGGUAUUUGGGUGUGAUGACAGAAUCUGCUCAGAGGAAGAAUGAAAUAUUCUCCAGGAGUGGACUCUGUGAAAGAGAAACUCCAGAGAAUCAGAGUUCAGCUGGACUGUGA